GAGGACCAGUACGAGGAGAGAGAGAGGCAGAUACGGAGGUCCACAGACAGCAACGGCGUGCAGACUGGCCAUUGACGCUGCAGUUGGAUUGAACACACAUGCACAGGCACACACACCCCUGAGGAGUGUAUGAGACAUGCCCAGGCUGCUUUACAUGGACACACACACACACUGGCAGGGCACCAGAAAGGAAAUACAGCACAUCCCCGAGCCUGAGGAGCUGUGGAGAGCAGCAUGUUUUUUGGUAACUCAUGUCAAAAUGGCUUCAUGCCCACCCUGAUGCGUCCCACCCUGCCCGCCAUCCGGACCUCACUGGGCAUGAAGCAGUUUCUCCCGUUUCCAUUGGAUACGUCCACAGCGGUCAGCCUCUUCCCAAGAUUCAAUGCGAACCAGGCCUUGGCCCACUACAAGGGGACAAAACAUGCCAAGAAGCUAAAAGCCCUGGACGCUCCGAAGAGUAAGCUCAAAGGCUCAGUGGUCACCAAGGAAACCACCAAGGGCAUCAACACCUCGCAGGUCCCCAACGGCACUGACAGGAAAGAUGGCGUUCUUGGAGCAAUGCCCCUACCGCUUUCCCUUGUGCUCAGACCGGCACUACCCUUGGCGUCCUUGACGACCCUCACAAUGCCAACGUCGGCUUCACCAAUAGUCCCGAGUAACACCACGGCCCCAGAGACUACCUCAGCUGCUGCAGGGGACUCAACUCUCAACUCACCCUCAGAACAGGAGCUGGCGCCUGAUGCCGAACCCAAGGUGGGGACGGACGCAGAAACAGAGGAGGAGAAAGCUCGACGUCUUCUCUACUGCUCGCUCUGCAAGGUGGCGGUCAACUCGGCGUCGCAGCUGGACGCUCACAAUAGCGGUACGAAGCACAAGACGAUGCUCGAGGCCAGGACCGGCGUGGGCUCCAUCAAGUCUUUCCCUCGGUCGGGAGUCAAAAGCAAACUGCCUCCAGUCACCAAAUCAGUAACGGGCCUGCAAAACAAAACGUUUUUCUGUGAGACGUGUGAUGUGCAUGUCAACUCAGAGACUCAGCUAAAACAGCACAUCAGCAGCCGGCGUCAUAAAGACCGAGCAGCAGGUAAACCGGCCAAACCUAAAUACAGCCCGUACAGCAAACCGCAGAAAGGCCAGACCAAGCAGCCGUUAAAGUUUUCCCUGGGUAAGGAGCGCCUCUGUCCGCCUCUGACCACGCAAAUCAUCCCUGCUCACCUGGCGGCAGUGGCAGCCGCCAUCAGCAACUCUUUCACACAUCGCACAAAUCACAUUACUAACCACAUCUCGACCACUAACCUCUUUCAGACACAGUCCCUCCCUGCACUGCUCCGCCCGGCCCCAGGCCCUGUCAGGACCUCCCACCCACAACUCCUUUUUGCCCCUUAUUGACUUGUUUAAUCCAGGAAGUUCUGCACCGCCUCCUGUCAAGGACCAAAACAUGUGCUUCACCCAGACCUGUCCAAGGAGUCGUGUCAGCAUCUGCACUCCUUCUAUGCAUCCAGGAACAUCUUCUCACCUCUCCUCGUAUGGAUUAUCCCAAAUGUAAAGCUAAACCGGACGGCAGCGAAGCAUUGGGCGCUUCUUAUGAUGGAUUAAUUUCUCUAAUCUUACUGAAAAACCCGAGCUACAGUAUACAUGUUUUCUGUGCCAUCCUGCAGCCAAUGGCUUAUACCCGGACCCCGGACCAGGACCUACAUUGUACCGCAAUAAUGUAUAAGACUAACCCCGUGAUCUAUGCAGUGUCGUUAUUUCAUGAUGCAAGGCACAGUGUGAGCUAAAAAUACAGUAGGGAUAAGCUUUUUGUAAAGAUACAGCGUGGCACUAAGAUCAUUGCUUUAGUGGAGGAUUACUGACGCUCAUAAUUUAAAAGGCUGUUACUGAUAAAAAGAGCGAGCAAGGCCCUCCUCUGUUCCUGUAUGCACUUUAAGCCCCUCCUCUGUUGAUGUCUACAUUAGAUGGCUAGACUGUGUUAGAUUGUUAGAGUAUGUGUCGUGAAGUGUGUGCUUUUGUAUCUGUCCUUGCAUAUCUGUAUGUGUGUGCAAGUGUGUGCUUCUGCAUGUGUAUAUGAGUGUGUGUAUUUGGAUGUGUCUGUGCGUGUGUGAGUGUGUGUGUGUGUGUGUAUGUGUGUGUGUCUGUGUGUGCGUGUAUGCUUCCCAUCUACCAUAAGCCAUUCUAGUUGAUAUCCAGCACACAUUGGGCCUCAUUCACAAACCUGUGCAUAAACUGUACAUUUUACACGACACUUGCCUAAUUUACAAGAGAGUAUAAGAGAAUGUAGAUAUUGAAAUGUAACAGUUUUGGUUUUCAUUGUUUUUAUUGACUCCCACCAAAUUCUAGUGCCAUUUACCAUGGAGAAGUGUGUAUUCCUGGCUUCCAGCUUGGACACUAUCGUUUCAAUUUCUUCAGUCUGUGAAAUUCUUUUGAGGUUUUGCUUUAGGGACCAUGCUCCUCUUUUACAAUAUCUUCACCGCUUUCUCCAUGAUUCACCUACGGGAAAAAAAGUAUUUCCUUUAUAUAGAGAAAUGGGGGCGUUGGCAGUGUGCUAACUGCAAAUAGCGGGCGGGCGCCUGUCAAUUUAGAAUGAUUCUGAUUCUCUAACAAACGCACACGUGGUAAGAAAACAAAAUUGACCCGUGUGCAGAUGUCAUGAAUCCGACGACACGCUUAUCUGUGCACAAAGUAAGAACAUUUUCUCCGCACAUAAUGAAUGAGGCCCAUUGUUACUGACCACGCCUCGGGCCAGAGGGACCACAAAGGCUUGUGUAUAUUAACUGUCAGUGUGUAAAAGGUGAACAAUUUCAAAUAAAAAGAGUCCUUAUUUGUUAAUGCUGGUGAUCCUGUGUAGUUUUGCAUACAGUACUUCAAAUUAAUCUGGGUCGAACAAUAUCAAUUGAUUAUUAUAAUAAUACAGUACAAAAAACAAAAUGUGUCUCCUACUCUGAAUUGAAGGAUGUUAACUCCCCUAGUGUUUGUUUCACUUAUCACAACAUUGUGUUUCUCGGACGCACAUACACAGUCAGAGCACCAGAUUCAGAACACAAUAUGUUUGUGAAGGAUGUGCACUCUGUGUUUGUAUCACAAUGUGUGUGUA